AUGGCGGAGAUGGACCAGCUGUUUGAUGAGAGCUCUUCAGCCGAGGCACUUGUCAGUCUGAAAGAGGGCAGUCUGUCAAAUACUUUGAAUGAGAAGCAAACAAAAGCUCACAACACGAGAGGACAACACACCCUGGUGUCCAUGGAAACGCCGAAGCGGAGCUCCAAGAGUAGCAGACUGUUCGGGGAAGAGGAGGAACAGCGCCUCCCAUCCAGAUCCCCUAGAAGGAGCCAAAGGGUCACCUCUGUGCCCCAGGCAGUCUGAUGAUGCUGUGACACACCGCCCCAGACCAUGACGGGCCCUCCACCUCCAAAUCGAUCCUGAUCCAGAGUACAGGCCUCGGUGUAACGCUCAUUCCUUUGACGAUAAAUGCAUAUCUGACCAUCACCACUGAUGAGACAAAACCGUGACUCGUUAGUGAAGAGCACUUUUUGCCAGUCCUGUCUGGUCCAGCGACGGUGGGUUUGUGCCCAUGGGCGACGUUGUUGCCGGUGAUGUCUGGUGAGGACCUGCCUUACAACUGUCCACAAUAGGGCUUGUAGGCCUGUCUGAACACUGAUGGAGGGAUUGAGCAUCCCUGGUGU